AUGUACCCAGAAUACUGUGUUGCCCAAAGAUAACAACCCUAUCCCUUACACAAAAUUACCCAAUCCUACAAUCCAGUCGUGCAAAACGAACCUAGACCCAGAUAACCUAAUGAAAAUCCCAAGGAUUACAUGAUAACCGCGUACACCGCCAUUAAUCACGUUAUUGAUAUCUCUCCCACCUCCUCCAUCUAUAGAUUGGAUCCUUUUGCCAAGUAUUUGUGUUGUUGGAUCAAUACUGUGGGACCUGAAGAAGUAAGCGCUAUCCAAGAAAGAACCAAAUGGAAACACCCAAAUCUAGUCUCUUUCCUCUUCUUUGAAGAAUAGAGCGACAAAUUCAGCCAAAACAGACAACUCAAAAUCUUCUACGAAUAUCUUCCCUUAGACAUCAAAUAGUUGAUUGAUAAAAGAUCAAAAACACAAGAAUAUGUCCCUGAAGAAGAAAUAUGGAAGAUGAUUUCGGGAUUAUGCGAGGCCUUCGUAUUUCUCCAAAAAAGGGGCAUCACCCACUCUGCCUUGACCUUGGAAUCAGUUUACUUCGACGAAGAAUAUUUACUUUACCGAAUUCAAGAUGUCAGCCCUUUCAGAGCCAGAGCACCCCACCUCUUUGAGAAUUAAUACAAAUCUCCAGAAUCAGGAGGUAAUCUUAGAGCCAAUAGAUUCAAGCAAGAUGUUUUUGGAUUAGGUAUGAUCAUAUUAUCACUCUGUCUACUAAAAAAUUGUGAUUACAUCUUUGAAACUGGAGUGCUUAGUGUUGUCCAUCUCAACGAUUGUUUCGACUAGUUGAAAUAGCUGUAUCCUGGAAGAGUAGAUUCAAUACUCAAAAAGAUGCUGUUCAUUGAUUUCAAUUAAAGACCAGAUUGGUUAGAGAUCUAGUAGUUAUUAGUCAAUCUCAAAGAUAUUCAGUUUACUAACUUUGAUCUUGGUUUGACUAAUAAAUCAUCAAUUUUAAAUUCAUCAUUUUAGUUACAACACUAACAAUAGUAAUAAGCUUAAAAAACAUUUGACUAAUUAACAUUAAGCUAAGAAAAUAGAGAGACUACUACUAAUAGUAGUAAUAAAUUAACAAGUUCUACCAAUAACAAUAAUGCUACAAUUAAGACAACUAGUACAGAUUCUGUUGAUUAAAAACUCAUUAAUUUAAAUAAAAGAAUCCAAGAAACAUUGUCAAAAAGCUUAAAUAAAAAUAUUAGAUGA